AACAACAAAGUGAAACUACUCUGCAAUAAGUGUUAAAACUACUAGGGUUUUGCGUAACGCUCAGCACCAUUAACAUGGGAUCGAUUGCUUCUGAAGAAGAAGGUUUAGUCUCUACAUGCAUAUUCUAUUUGCUUCCAAUUAGUGUGUGUUAAAAAACAUUUUUUAAUUGUUUAGGUUGGUCAAAAGUUUUUUUCUAAGUAAACAAGUUAGGAAACAGGCUUCACAAGUCAUAUUUCAAGUUUAUUUUCUCCUGCACACACAACCCCGAAAAUAUUUUCCUUCAUAGCAAACACAGCCUUAGCAUCCGAAGAGGUGAAAGUGGAAGUUAGAGUGGCUUCACCAGCACACUAUUUGUUGCAAAUUGAGUCGUUCUCCCUACUUUCAGAGAGUGGCGUUGAAAAGUUUGAAUCAAAUGAAUUCGAGGCUGGUGGUUAUAAAUGGAAAAUGAUCAUUUAUCCUGAUGGAAAGGGAAGCGAUAAAGGAAGUGAACAUGUUUCAGUUUACUUAGCCCUUUCGGGGACAAGUUCCCUGCCCACUGGUUGGGAGGUCAAUGCUAUAUAUACCUUUUUUCUGUUCAAUCAACUCUGUGACAAUUAUCUUUCAGUGCGAGGAAAAAUGCGGCGUUUUCAACCUAUCAAGUCCUUGUGGGGACUUCCCAAAUUUGUGUCUCACAAAACAUUCAAAGAGGCCUCAAACGGAUACCUUGUUGACGACAAAUGUGUGUUUGGAGCAGAAAUAUUUGUCAUACAAAGGCAAGCAAUCAGUGAAUGUUUGUCCAUGGUAAAAUCUAAUGACUCAUUUAAGCGUGAAUGGAAGAUCUGUAAUUUCUCCAAUCUUGGCAAAGAUUGGUUUUCUGAAGAAUUUACCGUGGGAGAUUACAAAUGGAAGCUCCUUUUAUAUCCAAAAGGCGAUGGAAACAGUAAGGGAAGUGAUAUCUCAAUAUUCUUACAAUCUGUUGAUGCUAAGGACUUUGAUCACCAUCAAAAAGUGAAGGCAAAGUGCAGCAUUUGCCUCAAGGAUCAGAUAAAUGGUGAAAGCAAGAAGCUAUCUUAUUGUAUUUGGUUUUCAACUACCGUGCAGUCUUGGGGUUAUCCAGAGUUUUUGCCUUUAACUGAGUUGCAUGAUCAGAAAAAAGGUUAUCUUGUCAAUGAUUGUAUUCUGGUGGAGGUUGAGCUGGAAGUUGUGUUUAAGCAUACCGUAAAGAGCUUAUCUUGACUUGAUUUACAGUUUAUUAGUAGCUUGGGCGUCUCUCCACACAGUAGUUACUGUCCCAGGCGGAUAAAUACUUACCCGCACCCCCAACCAAUCAUUUUGGCUUUAGUUAACUAUAAAUUAAAGUAAGAAUGCAUAUCACUUGGUCAUGGUUAAGUGAUAAAAUUUUGUAUAUGAUGACCCUUGUCUUGCACUUACUUAGUUGGGUGUAAACACUCGGUGCAGUAA